UCCUUAAAGAUGAGCGCUGCUGCUCGUCAGUGAAAGUCCUGCACUGAGACACAGAGGAGUCUCCCCUCCCGAGAGCAACAUGCACAUUAACCUCAACAGCCACCAACACAGGAACCCUCCACUGUGCAACGGCGAGUCGUGCUGAUAAGGAGUUGACUCUUAUCUGCUGCUAGACUGUCGUCAGAGGGUAGUAAAGUAAAGUACUCCACCCAUUUAGCAGGAAGGAACUUGUUUUGGUGGAACGUUUGCUUUCAAAGGUUGUUCUUCUCAGAUAGCUCUGUGUAACAAACCAUCUGGCUCGCCAGUGCAGCGAUGCAUCCUCUGGUGAUUUUACCAGUCCAGCUGUGGGACAUUCAGCUGUGAGUGAACGAGGACUAACCACCAUGAGCGGGGACUCUGACUGCAAGGCAGAGCUGGACUCGGAGCACCAAGGUGAGCUGGCCGACUUGGUGGCAGCCAUGAACGUGGCCGCCAACCGUAUGACACCACCUAACGGCUACAGGAGCGGUGCUCCGAGGACCACCAGAUUAUCAGACAGGAAGAUGUCGCUGCAGGAGAAAGGGAGCCGCAUAGCUCGACACCCCACCAUCGAGACCAAACGCGUGUCCAUCACAGAUGCUGAUGAUUGUGUCCAGCUCAAUCAGUAUAAAUUGAAAAAUGAGAUUGGAAAGGGUUCAUACGGAGUGGUAAAAUUAGCCUAUAAUGAAGAUUCUGAGCAGUACUAUGCAAUGAAAGUUGUUUCAAAAAAGAGGCUGAUGAGGCUGUGUGGAUUUUUCCGCCGCAUGCCUCUUCAAGGAUCAAACCCUGUGUUCCCUCUGGAGAAAGUGUACAAGGAGAUCGCCAUCCUGAAGAAACUGGACCAUCAUAAUGUUGUUAAACUAGUGGAGGUGCUAGAUGAUCCUGAUGAAGAUGGACUUCAUAUGGCCUUCGAGUUGAUGACAAAAGGCCCAGUGAUGGAGGUGCCUACGGACAAUCCUUUCACAGAGGAGCAGGCUCGCUUUUACUUCAGAGACGUCGUCCUGGGAAUGGAGUACUUGCACUACCACAAGAUCAUCCACAGGGACAUCAAACCCUCCAACCUGCUGCUGGGGGACGACGGCCACGUCAAGAUCGCAGACUUCGGUGUGAGCAACGAGUUUGAAGGGACGGACGCCAUGCUGUCGAGCACGGCGGGGACGCCGGCCUUCAUGGCCCCUGAGAUGAUGACCGAAUAUGAGCAGAGCUUCAGCGGGAAGGCAUUAGACGUGUGGGCGAUGGGAGUCACACUCUACUGUUUUGUCUUUGGGAAGUGCCCUUUUUAUGAUGAAUACAUCGUCUCCCUGCACAACAAGAUCAAGAACAAACCUGUGGAGUAUCCAGAGACACCUUUGAUAAGCAGCGAAUUGAAGGAGCUCAUUAAAAGGAUGCUGGAUAAAAACCCUGUAACAAGAAUCACCAUCCCUGAAAUUAAGCUCCAUGUGUGGGUGACGGAGAACGGCUCGAACCCUCUUCCUCUGGAGGAGGAGCACUGCACGGCGGUGGAGGUCACAGAGGAGGAGGUGCAGAACAGUGUUAAACUCAUCCCCAGCCUUUCCACUGUGAUUCUGGUGAAGUCCAUGCUGAGGAAGCGGUCUUUCAGUAAUCCCUUUGACUAUGUGCGCAGACGGGCUGAGAGGUCCAUGUCUGCCCCUGGAGGUCUUCUUACUGGCUCUUGGGGCUUAUCUCGGUCUUCGCCUCACGUUCAUCCUUCGUUAAGGAAAGUCAGCAAAGAGGGGAGCCGAGAUGCCGAGUUGGAGGACUUGUAUGAAGACGAUGCAUUUACAGAGUAAAUGCACAGAUUGAUUUGACACAUGAACACAGAUUAUAAAUUAUUUGUUUUGUACCUUUUCUUUCUGUCCUAAUUCCUUCCUAAUUUUUUAUGCUUAAAUUUUGUUUUUCACAUUAUAUAGCAUAACACUGAUAAUGAUGUGAUAUAGCCUUUUGAAUAGGCCAUAGCAGUGUUGCCAUGUUGAAUGUGAAACACUAGGUGGCAACCUUGUGACUACAGGUGCAUUGUUUUCUUUGUUGUGUCCUUGGUUUGCCUCGGUGUUUGUUCCCAUUCAGCAAAGUUUUUCUGCUUUUUUUCCCCUCCAGGAGGCCUUUAAUAUUUCAGCCAUAAUAUCAUUUUAAAUACUCCACCUCACUGCGUAUUCUAGUCAAACCUUUACAGAUGCUCUGCAGCAUCACAGAGGACCUGACAUCUCUAAGUGCACUCUCAAUCCUACAAACUGAAGCCUGGUUUUAUUUCUGUAUGAAAAUGCACUUCGUUCUCCAGACCAGUAGAGGGCAGCAUUGUGUUACAAGUAAAGAGGUCAACUCCGUACUACACUGCUCUGAUACAUACCUCCUUUACAAAAAUUUAACAAUUGGCAUCCAAAAAUAACACACCCUUUCAUUAUUGGUAUAUUUUAGGCUUCGGAAUAAUUUGAAAUAACUCAAAACUGCUAAGCCAAAAAAAAAGAAGCCCCGCACCAAACAAAAUUAAUACAA